GAAAAGUCCUACCCAUCUCUUAAACCACUCGGCAGUUACAUCAAUGAUCUGAUUACUCUCCUCAAGUUUCUUCAAGAGUGGUAUGACAAUGUCACAAUGGAGCGCCUCCCGUGUUCUGGGUAUCUGGUUUUUUCUUCACUCAGGCCUUCUUACCGGGAUCAAAGCAGAAAUGCGCCAGAAAAUACACCAUUCCUAUUGAUCUCCUAACGUUUGAUUUCGAGGUUCUUGGCGACAAUAAUUACGAAACUCCACCCGAGGACGGUGUCUAUGUUAACGGCUUGUUAAUGGAAGGCUCUCGAUGGGAUAGAGAAAAGAGAGUGAUUGGAGGGUCGCACGGGAAAGCUUUGUAUGACAACAUGCCUGUUAUCUGCCUCAAACCCUGCAAGAAGGAAGACAUUGUUGACCGGUCGCAUUUUGUCUCCCCUGUUUACAAAACAAGCGAGAGGAGAGGUACGCACUCUACCACAGGCCACUCCACUAACUUU